CAGUGGAGUGGGACAAUAGAAAAAAAAAACAGUAAAUAGUAACAGUACAAAUCAAUCGAGGUCAAAGGUCAAUCAAAGCGAAACUCAGCUGGUGAGAAAGCACAUUUGUUUUUAGCGCCAAGUGACGUCACACGGUUAUGGCCUUCGGUGAACCAUCCGCUGCUAGUCCCACUGUAAACAAACAAGAUGAGAACAAUGCUUGCGGAUUCUUCAUACUGUCGCCUCUGCGCCACGGAAUCCGACGUAGGAUACACCAUCUUCGACGACAGCGAAGAAAAGGCGUCCCUGGCCAUUUUGAUCAACAAAUAUCUUCCCAUAAAGGUUGUUGACAAUGGCCAAUUACCCAUACGAAUCUGCGAGCGAUGCCACAUGGGUGUGGCUGCUACGGUGGAUCUCAUUGACAGAAUGGUGGAAGGACAGCAGAAAUUGAGAGCUUUGUUAAUGGCAGAAGACCAACCUGCAAGUGUCCAGUCAUCUCUUAUUGACAUACAGGGGGACUCAGAUGAUAUCCCAAUGGAUGAUUUGGCCAAAGGGACUGAGGUGUCAAAAGUAUUUGCUGAGAAUCAUCCAAUGAGCAUUGCAGUAGAUGGGCCUCCCCCAAAGAGAAAGCGAGGAAGACCGAGGAAAGGUGAAGGACCUUCAAAACCCAAGGUGAAAUUUGAAGAAGUAAUUGAGGAAAGACUGUCAGGUAUGCCUCGUAGGUCCAGUAGGAAAGCCAGCUUGCCUACCAGAUACAGAGAUACAAUAGCAGGACAAGACUUUGAAAAGCUACUUGAUGUCAGUGUGAAAGAGGAAUACCAAGAAGAACGCAACAUGGAUGACACAGAUGCCGACUACAGGUAUAAUGGCACUUAUAUCAAACCCUCUUUGUUGGGAGUCAUUCCUGAAGAUUUUGGCAUAAAGGAAGAAUUUGAAAAAGUAUCAGAUGAUGGCACCAGCAUUAUAAUAGCUGCUGAACCUGCUGAACAGCCCUCAGAUCUCCCAGUUUCUGUUAAUAUUGAAGUAGAUUUUCAGGAAGAUGGUAACAUUACUCUGCGUGGUAUGGAAGAUUUUCCACGUGGGAGAAAGCCAUUGGUUCCAUCGGUCCAGAUUACAAGUGUAGGAGAAUCAGUGAGCAUUCCACCUAAAACUUCCUUUAGUGAACCAACUCUUUUCCGGAAAAAGCGAGGGGCCAAGAAGAAGGUGAAGUGGUCUUGUGAUAUCUGUGGUAAAGGUUUCUUGCACAAAGGAAGAUAUGUCCUUCACACACGAUUACAUAAACAAGUUAUUCUUCAGUGUGCCUUCUGCAAGGAUAAAUUCUCUACUUUAGAAGAUCUCAAUAUCCAUCAGACUUCAUCUGAUCAUAAAGGUUUGGGAAUUAUUGAAAUUGAAAAUGAGAAUGACAAAGUUGAUUUCAAGUGCCCUCACUGCCCCAACAGAACGUUUGUCACUCAAGAAGGUUAUAACACUCAUGUGGCAAGCAUGCAUGAAGGUGCCAAGCCUUUUGCCUGUGCAACAUGUGGGAAGAGAUUUGCAUAUCAGCACAGCCUUCGUAAUCAUUAUGCGUUACAUGAGCCACCAAAAGAGGAACGUGAAUAUCCCUGUACUACAUGUGGGAAAGUCUUUACACAUCCUAGCUCACUCAUUUACCAUCGGGAGUCAACUCAUAAUAACGGCCGCCUAUUCGUAUGUCACAUAUGUAAUGCUUCAUUCAAACACAAACAGCUUCUUCAGAGACAUUACAGUGUACAUUCAGAGGAAAGGCCAUAUCCAUGUGAACUAUGCCACCAAGCCUUCAAAACUAGAGGAAAUUUGUACAAUCACAUGAACACUCAUACAGGUCUUAAGAAGUUUACCUGUGAGAUUUGUGGCAAGCAGUUUAAUCAUCUCACCUCAUUAACACUUCAUGUAAGAUCCCACACAGGUGAGAAACCAUUCAAAUGUAAAUUUUGUGCUAAGAGGUUUACACAAAAUGGAAAUCUUCAAGAACAUAUCAGAAUUCACACAGGAGAAAAGCCUUUCUGCUGUGACAACUGUGGAAAAAAAUUUACAACAUCAUCACAGUUCAAGUUACACAUGCGUCGUCAUUCAGGAGACAGACCUUUCACUUGUUCAUACUGUGGCAAGGGAUUCCUGAAUCGAGAAACUUGCCGAGCUCAUGAAAGAAAGCACCGUGGAGAAAAGCCUUACAUUUGUGCUGUGUGUAAUAAAGGUUUCAGUGAACAGUACACCCUUAGGAAGCAUCUUCGUAUGCACACUGGUGAGAAGCCUUAUACUUGUACAAUAUGUUCCAAGACAUUUAGAGAUGCAUCCAACUUGCACAAGCAUAGACGUAGCCACAGAGAAGAUGAAGCAUGGUACUUGCCAGGUGGAACAACAGUUGAUGAAGGUGAUGGUGACCACCCCAUUAUCUAUAUUCUCUCUGACAAGGAUGACCCUGAUGCUACCACAUUUACAGCACUGCAGGCUGUGGAUUCAGAAAUGGGAGAGAAUUCUCAUCUAGAAAAUAUGGCAGAAAGAGAGGCACAUAUGAUUCAAGGAUUCUCUUUGGCUGCCUAUGAGCAGCCAUCAACAGCAACUGCAGUAAUGUUACAGGAGAGAGGAUCUCAGGAUAAUGAUAGGCAAAUACAGAUAUUUACAGAUGAAAAUGGACGUUCUGUAAUCCCCGUCAUAAAUGAAAAUGGCCGUUCAGUUAUACCAGUUAUAAAUUCUUCAGGAGAAACCAUUGGAGAAGUACAGGGUCAUAUUUUAACUAGUUCUGAAAGUAACCCAGAUGUUGGUGCCUUGGGGAGCAGCGCACUAGAAAUAGCCUUGAAAGAUGGACAGCCUCUCAGCUUAGUCAUCCCUGAAGGAGAAGAUCCAUCCCUCUAUGUACAUAGAGCGCUUGAAUCGGCAGUCAUAUCUCAACACCAGAAAGUUACAGCGCACAGUGACUGAUUUGUUUGGUCUGCUCAAGAUAAUAACUUCAUCCUUCCAUUCCUUUCUAUAAUGCAAAUUUUGUUGUGAUAAAACUAUUUGGUUAGGGUAAUUUAAUCAUAUUUUAGGAAUUAUCCUGACUGUAGUGAUACUAUAUGCAGUAUUGCAGAUGUGAAUGAAUUAAGUACUCUGUUGUGUGUUAUUGUAAUUUUUCAGCCUUAGAUUUCUUCUAUCCAUUUGUAUUAUAGUCUUCCAUAGUUUAUUUAUUUGUCACUCAGGAAUAUUUUUAGAAGAAUUCAUAAGAUUCAUGUUUUAAUAUUCAACUCUCUUUAUCUUUUGUAACAGAGAGCAAAUGUUACUCUGUAUUUUCGUUUUUUACUUGAAGAUCUUAGUUGAUGUAAUUAUGUAUUGUCUUCUUAAAUUUAUUAUUAAAAAUAAGUUAACAGUUCCUACAUAAGCUGUGUGAUUGGAUACAUGAAGAAGCCAGUGUCUAUUUUGGCAUGCAGUACAACUGAAUCAUCCAAAAUGUUCCCUAACCUUGGAUUCUUGAAUUAGACAGUAUGUAAACUUGGCAACAUCAGAAUUCUACACACAAUACCGGUAGGUUGAUUCCGUGACAAUGUUUACAAUUUCGAUUUCAAACCAGUGGUCUGAUUAAACAAUGGUAAUAAUUUCUCAUUAAAAUCUGUUACCAGUAGGGUCUUAUGCUAUUGAAUUAUUUAAAAAAUGCAACCAAAAGCAUUAAAAAUGAAAAAGCAGACUGUUCCAUGAUCAAUCAACUUUACAUGAGUGCAGACAAUUCAAUCAUUGAUGAUGGUUAGAUUACCAUACUGCCAUGUAAGAGGUAGCCUACUAUGAUAACAUAGUAACCAUAAGAAUUCAAAUGAUACUGUUAAUAGGUUGAUUCAAAGGAUUGUAGAUACAGUUCAUUCACCUAUAACUCAGGUAUUUGAGGUCAGAUUAUAGCCAGACAAUUUUUGUAUCCUCCCGUUUGUACCAAUGGCAAUUUCUGUGAGGAUUUAAAGCAAAAAUGUGAUACACCAUUAGAUAAGCAUUUGACACAAGGAUACGUAAGCAGAGAAGCAAUACUGCAUAACUAAAAAGACCCCUUCUUUGGCUGGGAUACAUUGCUUUAGCGUACCAAUAUUAACAUUCUUUUAAUGUUUAUAUUAACAUUCUUGUUAAUAUAUACAUGUACGUGUUGAAUUACUGUACGUACUGUAAUGUGAAAGGCAUAAGCUAAAAAUUUCCAGUGAAAAGUUGGAUCACUUAUCAUUUUUGCACUGUCCAGUAAUAUCAUUCCUAAGUUCCCAAAUGUUCCUUUGCAUGCUGUAGUUCUAAUUUGAAACAAUUAAAUGUAAAAUAACUGGAAUAAUUUCUAGCCUCAUCUUGGGACUUUCAAGGUGUUUGCUCCAUGCCCUGUGGUAUAUUGCACAAGAAAAAAAUCUUACUCUUGGUAAGAGUAAAAAGGUACUAAAUUCUCAUGCUUGUCUUCCAUUAUCUAUACAUUACCCUUUUGAAGAUCAGUAUCCAACACAUAAUUGCUAUAAAUUAAUAAUUCCAAUAAGGGCAUCCAUUAACGUGACCAAGAGAGACAUGCAACAUUACACAAAUUUAAUGUAUAAAUACAGAAAUUUUCUCUUCUCUAAACAAUAAAUGUAGAGAGAUGUUAAAGUGAAAUUUUAAAAAAAUGAUUGUUAACUGACUGAACUUGAAGUUUUUGGGUUGGGGAUAUGAGGUGAGGCUAAAUGUGAGACAUAUUACUCCUUGAUUUGGUCUCAUAUAUCAAACAUCAAUCAUAAUUGUUUUUUAUUAAAAACUGAUCAAUCUGGAAAUUUUCAAAAUUUCUUUUCAUCAAACUAAUAAAAGAAGCUUCUUAAAAUUUUUCCUUAUGUAAGCAUAAAAUGUUUUGAUUAAAAUGCUGUGUAUUAAUAAAAGAAAAGGACAGUGCAUAUUAUAAGUUAAAUGAAACACUGACCUUGACGUUUGGAGCAAUGUUUUUUACAAUCCAACAUUUUCAGCUAUAUCAUGAGAGUGGGACUUUAGCAUAAUUGCUAUCUGUUUUCAUCUUUCCAUGGUUGAGUGAAGCUUUGAUGGCUUUCCGUGGCUGAAUAAAGCUUGAUGGAUCUAGAAUAAAAUGGUGAGGGAUGCAAACUUAAGCACAGUACAUACUGUAUUGUUAAGGUAAAAUUGCUUAACCACAUAUCUGCUAAAUCGAGUAAACCACCAGUGUUGCCAUGUUUUCAAAAUUACUUCUGAAGAAUUGGUUAAUGCACUGUUUCCAUAGAGAUCGCACUUCUAAUUGAUGAAUAUUUUUCAUACAUUUCACUUCAGUUCACACUUCUUGUUUUCCAUUUAACCAUACUAUUGUUUCUUCAUAUUCAGUUGCAUUAUAUAUAUGUUGUAUAUUUUUUAUUCCUGACGAAUAAGCUAAUUUGCAUUUGUUCAUUAGACUUUGAGUGGAUUUUCCAAUGGCAAAGAUGCUGAUAUUGUAAUAUUUUGAUGUAAUAUAUAUAUAUACUUUGUAAAAAAUAUGAACUCAUUAAAUUAGGGAAAUUGU